ACGUCAGGGUCCCGCGGCUCUCUAGCGCUCUGCGCCGCUGUGGUUACUGCAGGAACUACACGAGAAGAGCGCAGCUGUCACAGCGCGUGCACGAGGACUCUUAACACGCUCAGAGCUGACAACGGAUCUCAUCUGCUCGCCAGUCUCUGUGUGUUGUUGACAUCAGUCCAGCAGCAUGGCUCGUGGACACCAGAAAAUCCAGUCUCAGCAGAAGAACGCCAAGAAGCAGGCGGAGAUCAAGAAGUCCAAAGGCCACGACCAGAAGACGGCGGCGAAAGCGGCGCUGGUGUUCACGUGUGGCGUCUGCAGGUCACAAAUGCCAGAUCCCAAGACCUUCAAGCAGCAUUUUGAGAGCAAGCACCCCAAGAGCCCUCUUCCCCCAGAGCUGGAGGACGUGGAGGCGUAACCGGCCGAGGUCCAUUGUGUAAAACAUCACGAUAAGAGUCCUGAUCUCAAAUUUGAUUCAUCAGGACAAGAUCAGCGCUCUUACCUGAGUUUUAUACAUCCAUCUUCCCCUUCACUGCAGACGUGAAUCCCGUGGAUCAAAGACUGAUGACGUUUAGCUUCCCUCUCAACACAGCUUCAGAGCAUUGCCUUCGCUACGAUCAGCACUCACAUGCUUUCUUUUCUCAUCUCACUUGUGUCAUUUAAUAGAUUGAGGGAAAUUAGAACACUACCAGUGAUUGUCAACUGAUCAUCUGUAACAUAAAUGUGGUAGUUACAGACAUAUUUGUCUGCUUUUGCUUGUUAGAGAAGUCAUAGAUGAGUGCAAAGGGAUAUGGAAAAAUGUUCUUCUUUUUUUUACUAAUUUUGCUUUCCCAAACAAACUGGAUCUGUACACUGAAACCGGAAUCUGAUGCGUUUCUGUGAAUCACUGGAUGUGCCCGAGGUUACUGUAAUCUUAACUUAAUGUUGCUGCUGAAGUUAUCUCAAACAAUAUCGCCUCAAUGUUUGAUAUUCCUGCUCAAGCCGCCUGGUUCCCACACCAAUGUAAUAUAUCUCUUUAAUAAAAUUUUACUUUAAGUCA